CUGCGACGUGCCAGUCUUUCUGUGCUGGCGUUCCUCAGUCGCCAGUCGCGGCUUUACGCGCAGACGUCUGGGGUUCGCCAGCAUCCAGGGAAACCACUCUCUCCCCUACACUUGUCAGUGGCAUCGAGCCGAAGUUUGUGUCGUGUCUUCCGCCCAGCUGCUGGCUAAACAGCCGGUGUCGCGUCGUGUUUGUCUCAACCCGCGCGGGAUCGCACUAUCUCUACCUCGCCGCACAGACAAGUACUGCGCCCAGCCGCUCAGCUCACGGAACGUCGUGACGUGCCUAGAGGCGUAUCGAGACGGCCGUUCCCAGAGUCAGCAGGCUGGAGGCUUCUGAAGACGACGAGGAACUUCUGGUGGACACGGUGGGCGGGAAGCCCACGUGGUGGCGCCGCCGCACCGCCAUGGAGCGGGGGCUGACGCUGCUGGCGACAGUGGCGCUCCUGGCGGCCGUCGCGCUCGCCGUCUCGUUGGGCGCGCUCCUCGCCAGGUGGCAGCACCAGUCAGAGUCACUGAUGCCAGUGGCGAUGGAGUCCAGAGGGAAUGUGUCUGCACCAGACACCCAGGGGCCAGAAUCGCAGUCCGGCACUCAGAGCCUACAGGACCUCUGCCUCACGCCGGGAUGUGUCCACGCAGCGACCGAGGUGCUCGAUUAUCUGGACCCGUCAGUGGACCCCUGCGAGGACUUCUACCGGUACGCGUGUGGCAACUACCUGCUCACCACCGACAUCCCAGAUGAUAAAUCUUCGGUGAGCACCUUCUCGGCUAUCGAGGACCAGCUCCACGAGAAGCUGCGCACUGCCGUAGAAGAGGAGGAGCCUGGAGCAGCCGUCCCCAGGAGCUUACAGCUGGUUCACGAGCUCUACAGCGCCUGCAUAAACAAGACGCUGAUCGAGUCGCGCGGCCUGGCGCCGCUCCAGAGGCUCCUGAAGGAGGACCUGGGCGGCUGGCCCGUCGUGGAGGGCGACUCGUGGGACGAGGCGGGCUUCGACUGGCUGCGCAGCAUCCACCGCUUCCGCAGGGCUGGCCACAGCACCGACUACUUCCUCAAAUUCUCCGUGGGCACAGACUACAGAAACUCCACGCGCCGCUCCAUCAUUCUGGAUCAGGCAUCACUGGGGCUGAACCGCGAAUUUCUCGUGAAGGGUCCCACGGACAAACUCGUGGAUGCCUACUACAAGUACCAGGUGGACCUGGCAGUUCUUCUGGGUGCCAACAGGACUCGGGCUGAGCACGAGCUCAGACAGUCCCUCGAGUUUGAGACAGCUCUGGCCAAUAUCUCGCUGCCACAAGAGGCGCGACGCAACGUGACACAGCUGUACAACCCGCGCACUGUAGAGCAGCUGCAGAAUGACUACCCGUCGGUACCGUGGCUGGAGUACCUGAGGACACUGCUACCCCCGCACGUCGCCGUCACCAGCGAUGAGGUGGUCAUCGUCUCGGCACCGUCCUACCUCAAGAGUCUCGAGGUCCUGCUCGGCCACACCCCCAAGAGGGUGAUGGCCAACUACGUGAUGUGGCGGGCGGCAGAGGCCUCGGUCCCCUACACGACGGAGGAGCUGCGCAGCCGCCAGCUCGAGUACGAGUCCACUGUGUCUGGAAAGACGGAGCGGGAGCCCCGCUGGAAGGAAUGCAUCGACGUCGUCGCCGAUCGCCUGUAUCUGUCUGUGGGCUCGAUAUUCGUGCGAAAGUACUUCAACAAGGAAGCCAAGAAGGUGGCACUCGAGAUGGUGGACGACAUCCGCCAGGAGUUCUUGCACAUCCUGCAGGAACUGGACUGGAUGGACGAGGGAACCAGGAAGAAGGCGCUCGAGAAAGUCCAGUCCGUGGUCGCCCACGUCGCGUACACUGAGGAGCUGCUGGACGACACCGAGCUCGACAAGUUCUACGAGAAGCUAGAUGUCAGCCCAUCCCUGUACUUGGAGAGCAUGCUCAACGUGACCAAGUUCCAGACCAACUACUCCUUCAGCCAAUUGCGGCAGCCUGUCAACAAGACCGAGUGGAUCAACCACGGCUAUGCGGCCUUGGUCAAUGCCUACUACAACCCCUUCGAGAACUCUAUAGGGAUCCCAGCAGGUAUCCUACAGGGUGUGUUCUUCAGCGCCGACCGUCCCAAGUACAUGAACUAUGGCGGCAUCGGCUCCACCAUCGGCCACGAGAUCACACACGGCUUUGACGAUGAGGGCCGUCAGUUUGACAAGGACGGGAACCUUGUGGACUGGUGGGAUCCUGUGACCCGUGACAAGUACCUGAAGAAGGCAGAGUGCAUCAUCUGGCAGUAUGGAAACUUCACCGACGAACAGACGGGCAUGCACCUGAAUGGGAUCAACACGCAGGGUGAGAACAUCGCAGACAAUGGCGGCAUCAAGGAGGCGUACCGCGCCUACCUCGCCCUGGAGCGCCGCACCGGCCAAUCAGAGCCGAGGCUGCCAGCGCUGGCCCGCCUCUCCCCACGGCAGAUGUUCUGGGUGUCCGCCGCGCAGACCUGGUGCAAGAAGUACCGCACCGAGAAAUUGCGACAAGAAAUUGUGACCGGAGUGCACUCCCCUGCUCGCUUCCGUGUGUUGGGCCCGUUCGCCAACCGCCCCGAAUUUGCUGAGGACUUCAGGUGUCCGCUCGGCUCCAGCAUGAAUCCUGAGAAGAAGUGCCAGGUGUGGUAGAGAGCACUGGUGGGGAUGCCGAACUGCCAGGGGCAGAUCGCUGACUGACGGGUGUGGCUGCAGGCUGUGACAACAGAAGUGAACCUGCUUGCAGUCAGCCGCUGACCAACACUCCAGCUGUGGAGCACUGCUUCUGGGCGAUCCUCACUGACUGGGCUCUGACAUGUUAUAUGGAAGGCCGCAGCCUCGAAAGAAACUGGCAGGCACAUCUUGCAAAGCACCCAGAGAAGACAGUGUGGGUGCUGCAGUUUCAGCACAUCACAGCCAAAUUUGCCAACUGUCUGUGUGUGUGUGUGUGUGUGUGUGUGUGUGUGUGUGUGUGUGACAGCAUGCAAUUGCAUCCUAGUAACCUUCUCCUCUUUAGGGUGGAUAAAUAAAUCUUUGUGCAGAAGCAGUUAGUUUUAUCUUCAAUUUUAGUAAAUAACUUUAGAUACGGUUUUCUUUCUUACAAAUAUUGCGUAUUCAUUUCGGUUGGAUAAUAUCACAUGGAAAAAAUGUCACCCAUAACAAGUGGUAAAAAUAAGAGGAAAGAGAAAAUUUAUUGGAUAAAACCUAGGGAAGCUAUCAUUUUAGCAAUUUUAACUCUACAACGAGUGAAACAAAUUGUCUAGUUGGUGAAAAGUGAGGUUUACUGCAAUACUGGGAUAUGACACAAGCAGAUGAGGAAAGAGCUAAUGAGGUAGUUUCACUUAAUGGAGCUGUGACAAUGUGCGACUCUUCAAAUGGCUCUGAGCACUAUGGGACUUAACAGCUGCGGUCGUCAGUCCCCUAGAACUUAGAACUACUUAAACCUAACUAACCUAAGGACAUCACACACAUCCAUGCCCGAGGCAGGAUUCGAACCUGCGACCGUAGCAGUCGCGCGGUUCCGGACUGAGCGCCUAGAACCGCGAGACCAUGUGUGACUCUUCAAGGCGACGUACAGAGCACAUGUCUGUCCUUCGUUUUUGCCAUAAUUAGCAUGAAGGCGAAACAAAACUGACAACAGCCUCCAUCUGACAGUCACCGGAGAAGUGAUUGACAGCCUAGAAACUCUUUCAUCGAAUAAGCAGAGCAAUCUAUUGAGUUAUUGUUGAAGAAGUAUAUGCCAUGAAGUUUACUAGAUGCUGACCAAUAUAUGAUAAUAUAUAACAAAAGCCUCAUGAUGACUCUCAUUAAAGUAGUCUGCCACUUGAAAUUAUGGAACCAAUCAGCAACACUAAAGUAAUUAUUGCAUAACUGAUAUCAUCAUUUGCGAAAAUGCUGUAAAAGGUGAUAAAUGUUAGUUUCAAGACAGCAGUGGCAUGUCUGUCUCACAACCAGUCAUCCAGGAAGAUGGAAAAUAAUAAUAAUAAUAAAACGUUAAGAUCUGUUAACUCAAAGUUGGAUUGCUCUUACACAUCACAUAUACUCCCAUACAGAUAUAAAAAUUUCUAAAUGUGCUGAGUUGUGGGACAAGUAGUACACACACUGUGGAAAUCAGAGAGAAAUACUAUAAGCAAAACGAACAUGGAGCAAUAGUUUUACAAGAGGCAGAGGUAUCCAAAGUUUCCCAGUCCUAUAUGGAAGAUCAUAUCCACAUAUUGAGCCUUCAUGUGACACUGAGCAGUACAUUUUCUCUCUCUCUCUCUCUCUCUCUCUCUCUCUCUCUCUCUCUCUCUCUCUCUCUCUCACUCUCUCACUCUUCCUCUCUCAUUCUCCCCUCCCCUGCUUCCCCCCCCCCCCCUUCCCCACACACUAUUUUGUAACAGAGACAUCAUUCGCACCGUCAGUGUAUCAGCCUGCAGAAGUUUGGGACUGUCAUUUAAAAUUCUCCUGGCAUUCAAAACAUAUCAAACGUAUGCAGAAACUCCAUGUUUCAAAUAUUUCGACCAUCCAAAUUGUCAGAAGACGAUGAAAGAUCAUGUUUCUAAUUGAAAGUGAAUUUAACUGCAGACUGAUUACAAAAAUAGUUACAUAAUUGGCAUAAUUUUGUUACCUCUACUUUCGAAAGCUAUGUACAUCUAGUGAUCAUCACUGUGUAUUGCAUGGCUGAGGGUAUCUGCAACCAGUACCAGUGGUUCCCCAUCCUGUUUCCUUUGUAUAUGGAGUGACGGAAAUCAGUCUGAUAGUACACCAUGGUGUGCACCUUGCUCUCUUUUAGCAUCUUCUUAUGGAGUGUACACAAGACAUACAAUGAUGGCAGCAGAAAUUUUGCACUGCCUUCUUCCAAUACCAGUUCUCUAAUUUUCACAAAAGGGCUUUUGUAGUACAGCAGAUUAUGAUUUAAGUUUCUUGAGUAUCUCAGCGCUUUUGUGUGGAUUUCCAUAGCCAGCUACAAUUCUAUAAGCAUGUCCACUCAGUUUUUUCGUGCUGUAUGCUGUCACGUCCACUUGAUAAGGAUACCAAACACUGGAUCAUUACUAAAGAAUUGGUUGCAUUACUGUUUUGUGCACGAUUCUUUCCUUUCUUUAUGGUGAUAGCAUCGAACAAUGCUGCUUCAGCAUACAUAAACCACUCCCUGUUCACUGUAGUUGUCACAAGGUGGCAAUGGUUGCGAAUGAAUCAGUGUGUUUGCAAAUAAGUCAUCAUAUUCAUCACAGGGCAGUGAUGCUUGCAAAUGAAUCUGUGUUUCCAAGCAGGUUUCAGAGCUAGCCAUCCAUACACAAAGCACUUUUGAAUGUCAGUAAACACAAACCCACUCAUCGAUAGUGACAGCUGCGUAUCUCAGCACAACUAACAAAACGUUUCCUAUUAUUACAAGCUGACUUCAAAGACCAUAUUUUCCUUACAAAAAUACAUUUGCUCUCCACCUCCUGUAUUAAUUUGAACCAAUAGUUCAAGAUAUUGUCUUUUUACAGAUAUUGUACUCAAAAUAAAUUUGGGCUUUAGCAAAAAAUUCUUAAUGCAUCACGAGCAUGAAAAAUAUAAAUUCAGAUAUGAUUAGUAGGCUGAAAGAGUGAAUUAUGCACUGGAACAAUAUUGUGUUGUUUCUUCAAAGUGAACUACUAGUAUGCCAUUUGCAUAUAACCAGCAUAUGCCUUCCUUGAACAAAUUAUAUCAUGAGCAGAUUGCUGGGUGACAUUCGUGGGCUUCGAGCGAGUUAUUUGGCAAACAAAGGGAGGCCCCAGUGGUAGUUUUAGCAGAGCCACUGUAUGUUAGGUUUGAUACAUAAUAUUUUAAGUGGGUUUGCUUGAUAAGACGUUAAUGUGCAGGUUACUGCAUGUUAGUACAUUGUAGAUUGCUUCCUGUAAGACUAAACAUGAUUAUUGUGUGACAUUAACAUGAGUCCCUUGGCAGAUUCCAUCUAAUGUUAAUCUGCCUUGUCAUGUAAAGAGAUGGACCAAGUUGAGCCUCACCCCAGGCAAUACUUUGAAUCUGUUCAAAUUGGUUAAUGUAGAGCCCACAUUUGAGAUGCAGAGUCAUAGCAAGAUUCAGCUAUAUUCUAAAAGAUUUCAGAACCAUAAGUUUUACUACAUUUCAACAAAAUUUUCAACCAUUUCGUAAAAGUUCAAAUAAUAAUUCUCAAUACAAUUAUUUUGUUGUCAUUUGUGCAAGUUACCGUAUUUUUACAUACAUGGUGUCCAAAAUAAAUUCUCAAUUCAGUGUGAGU